AGGAUAUAAAUUCACUGGAUUCUGACUAACUGCAGAAGAGUAAACACGAUUGGAAGUCUCCACUCCAUAGCAAAUAUCAUAGGUAUCACAAUGAAGAUUUUAUUCUGUUUGGCUAUCCUUCUGCACACAGCUACCUCUGAAAUAUAUGACAUUGUUGUUUCAGGAGUUUUCGAGUCUAAUUCUACUACAUAUAAUUACACCCAAUCCAGAGAGUACUGUCUGUCACAGAAUGCAACUUUAGCAACCUUAGAGCAGGUGACCAGAGCUCAGAACACCAGCUUCCAGACCUGCAGGUUUGGAUGGGUGGAAGAGCAGCAGAUUAUUCUUGCCCGUACCACAGCGAACAAGAGUUGUGGCAGCAAUCAUAUAGGCAUUAUUAAACAACAGCCCUGUGGAUACUACAUUGCACCCAGUGCCUACUGCUACAAAAUCAAAGUGGUGAGAGGAGUAUUUCAUGUAGAUUCUCCGAGUGUUAAAUACAGUCUCACUUUUGCGGAAGCCAACUCUACCUGUGCACGCCUCAAUGCAACCAUGGCAACGGAGAAUCAGCUUCUAAUCGCGCAUGGUGCCGGGUUCGAGACCUGCAGGGCUGGUUGGGUAGCUGAGCAGAAGAUCUUCAUUUCUCGGAUAACGUCAACUAAAUCUUGCGCAAAUGGAAUAACAGGGAUACAAGAGUACCCAGGAACAAAUAUGACAUCAGACGUGUUUUGCUACAGAAGCGACUUGUAUUUUACUGAUGUAUACGUGGUCUAUCCUCCAUUUGGGAACAGUACCAUGACAUACAGUGAAGCUAUGCAACAAUGUCUGUCCCUUGGGGAUAGCUUGGCAUCAAAGGAGCAACUGAGAAGUGCACCCACACCCAUCUCUGACGGCAUACCCGGGUGGAGCAAAGACAAUGACGUGGUUCAGUUCUCCAGUGGCAAUCUGACAGUCACUCCCUGUGUCAAUGAACCCAGCCAGCUUGCUUCAGCCUACUGUUUCAACCCUAACAGCACAUAUUUUAUUCCAGUAAGCACCAACGAUGACAAAUUGUGGCUCAAGAUUACCAUAGGGUGCAUUAUCGCCGCUAUAUGUAUCAUCUUCAUCGUGGUCGCCGCCGCCUACAUAGGAAUGAAUAAGUGCAUCUGCUGUACCCGACGUAAAAAGCAAGCGCAAGAUUCUACCCUAGAGAGAGACCAAGGCUAUGACACAGCCAAAGGACUGUACCUUCCCAGAUGGAACAAAGCAGGCAUGUUCACCCCCAAAGAUGACAUGUUCCAUCAGAUUCCGUCAUACCAAGACGCAGGAACCAAGCUAUCUGUACGGAGCAAGGCCUUAAACACUGCCUACCGCACUCAUCACUUCACUAACCACGGCUUUGAAUCCACACCUGAGGACAGCAAGCAGAGCUUCGACAAAACUCACCUGGACAGCAGCCCUGCUGGUGUGAAUCCUCAGGACACGAGCCCCGGUAACUCUCACGAGUACAUCAACACUGCCUUUGACGGUACUUUUUAAGAUGUCAAGUGUGACUCGACUCCGCGGUUAAGCAGUGAUGACUUUGACAAAUCAGCGACCUCUGGAAUUGAACGGACUUCCCCCCACUGUAAAUUAUUUUUUUAAAUGUAUCCUACAUACAUUUGAAAGACUAGUCAAAAUAGUCAAAUUGAAUUUUUUGUAGUUUGUUUUAGUAUUUCGUGCUUCUUGAACGACACUUAAACCCUCUUGAUUAAAUCGGAGAAAUGGUACCACUAAUAGCAGCUAAGUACUAAAUAACAUUCAUCUUCAUCUGAGUUGUUGUACUUUUUAAAAGCCACUAAUAUUGAAUGGUGUUCCAGGUUUUGCGAUGAGCGGAGUCAGACACAUUGUUUGUAAAUAACGAGCAAUGGCUCAAAAUCCCAUGUAAUUGUAACCUUAAUUCCAGCUGACAUUUAUGUUUGCUAUGAUGUACAGGAAAUAUGUGGAGUUCUAUUACUAGGGUGUUUAAAACUAAAUUAACUUGACAGACUAUUAAGCUUUUUGGUUUUAGUUAUGAAUAAUAAUAAUAAUAAUAAUAAUAAUAAUAAUAAUAAUAAUAAUAAUAAUAAUAAUAAUAAUAACAUGUGUUGUUUAAAUACACUCAGAGAAUGUAAAUGAACAGAAACUGGUGUAAUUUGCAGGCUGCUUUGUAAUUUAUUGUUUUUUGUAUUUUUGUAAAUCUUGGGCAAUAUGGAAUAAAAUGUGUGCAUUGUUUGUUUCAUA